AAAAACUCAUUUUAUUUUCUCCUUUUUACUCAUUAUUUUAAUAAUAAUAAAAUCAUUCUAAUAUUGUCCUCAAAACUAACUUCAACUCAAAUUAGUAGUGGUUAGAUUAGAUAGUCAUUUUCAAUCAAAUGAACGUCAAGAACUUGGAAUCUCAAUUACUGUUUUUGGAAAAUAGCAUUACUGAAAAUUAAAUAUCCCUAUUUACUUAUAUAAGAAUAUUUUGAAAUUGGUAUUCUUUUUAUUUCAUAUUAGAUGACGUUGGAAAGUAAAAUUUUUGUUACAAAAAUAAAUUUCGUUUUAGAAUUGUAAUGCAAAAUUUAUUAAUUUAUCUAUUAUAUGAUUCUCUAUAUUUUCUAAUUUAUUUUUAUAUUAGUUUAAAUAUGAUUAGGUGUAUAGUUAAUGAUAUUGUUACUUCCGGUGCUAAGCCUCUCUUCUUCCUAGAUUACUUUGCUACUAGUCGUCUCCAUGUAGACCUUGCAGAGAAGGUUAUUAAAGGGGGGCAAUCAGACUGUGCUCUCUUAGGAGGAGAGACUGCGGAGAUGCCAGACUUUUACGCAGGGGGAGAGUAUGAUCUCAGUGGGUUUGCAGUUGGGAUAGUGAAGAAAGAUUCUGUUAUGAACGGGAAGAACAUAGUUGAUAUAUUGGUUGGCAUUUUGGUGGAGAAAAGUAGCAGUCAAGUGGUUUCUAUAACCGUUUACAAGGAAGAAUGUCUGGCAGACGAUCUCGCGACAACUCAAGCCAGAGUACAAGGUGUUAGAGAUGACAGAAGAGGAACUUCAAGAAAAGCUCGUUGGAGUGUUGGAAACACAAAAAUCUUUGGUCGGUCAUUGAUGAUAUAUGGAGAGAAGGAGAUUGGACCGAAUCAAGCAUGUUUUCUUCUACCUUGCUAUCAAAAUGAUGUUGGGUAAACUGUACUCCUAUUACUGGGCUGCAGAAAGAAUACCAAGGCCGAUUUAUUACCGAUAGAGCGAGCAUCCGAGAUGUUGCAGAUGGAUAAAUUAUACCACAAUGUGAUGGAUAUUCACAGUAUGACAAGGCUAGAGACACUCUCAACGGCAUUCAAUGUACUACUGAAACUACAUCUUCAUCUCUAGGCAAAUUGAUACACUUGGAAAGACUUAAUAUAACAAGUAGUUCUAUGAAGAAAGAUUUGUUUUGGACUGCGUUCAUCUCAAGCAAGUGAAGUUGGCUAUGUUCUAUAUAUAUAUGCUAAGGUUACUUGUUGAACAACA